CGACAACAUCCUGCUUCGCCAAACCCAUCGGCCUGUCUUGUGAAAACCCCUCAAUUCUUUCCAAAUCGUAACUAAACAGCUCCAACACAUCUACAAAAGACGCACCACGCAGCAGCCCCGACACAAUGGCCAUCCCUAUGAACCGCCUCGGCGGCCGAGCCUUCCACGCCGGCGACGACGACUCAACUGAGCGCGAAUACGACAGACUCCGCGAUCUCGCACACGCCGAGGGCAACAAGCGCCAUGCGCUGUCCGAAAAGUCGCAACAAGCCUUCAAGUCUGGCGACGGCGCCGCGGCCAAGAAGUUCUCCAACGAGGCCAAGGAGCACGAGCGCAAGAUGGACGAGUAUAACCAGCAGGCGGCCGACUACAUCUUCCGCGCCAACAACAGCCCCGGGCGCGUCGACGCCGACUGCAUCGACCUGCACGGCUUGUAUGUCGAGGAGGCCGAACGCAUCAUCGAGCAGCGUAUUCGAUCGGACCAGGCGCGCGGGCAGGACCAUCUACAUGCUAUUGUGGGCAAGGGGAACCACUCGGCAGGCCAUGUGCAGAAGAUUAAGCCCAAGGUGGAGGAGAUUUGCCGCGAGUUGGGGCUCAAGUACCGCACAGAGGAGAAUGCGGGACGUAUAUAUAUUAAUUUGCAGGGCGGUGAGCCGCUGGGGCCGGGCGAUGUGUCGUCGAGCUAUGGUGGUGGUUAUGGACAGCAGCAGCAGCAGCACCAUGGUCGUCCUCCUCAGCAGCAGAAUUACGGACAACAGCACCAGCAGCAGCAACAAGGCGGACAGCAGGACGAUAUUGCGGCCAUGGUGGAGAAGCAGCUGCCGAGACUGCUGCGCAAGCUGGAGAAGGCUUGCUGUACGGUCAUGUAAGAUGUUGGAGUGUUUUUGGAUACCAUGAUUUUAGAUCGUUUAAUGAAUCUUUAAUGAAGUCUCUUCUGGUUAAAUGAAAUUUCAGCGCUAGAUACUUUUGAUUUACUCCCAAGUAUGGUAUCGAUGUCAGGCGCUCCACUAUAUAGCGGAAUGAUAUCCCAGAAUCAAUGCGCAUGUGCAUAAAGCCCUAGGGUAUACAGGAAC